AUUUAUACUUCGGUAUAAGACGACCCUUGCGCCAACAGCACGCGAUUUCCGUUGACACAGCGAAUGUCAGAGCACGAUGGCCACCGAAACGCAGUCUCAGGCGCCCGGGUUUGUUCUGCAAGCCCGAGGCUCUCUCCAGGGCGAGUCGGACCCGCGAGUCGAGGAGGAAGCGCCUACCCCCGAGCCGACGCCGUAUCUCAAGAUCUUCAGUGCCGGGUUCUCGUUCUUUGUCGCCGGGGUCAAUGACGGCAGUUUGGGGUCGGUCAUCCCCCACCUGAUGCGCUCGUAUGAGAUCGACACGAACAUGGUGUCCAUUCUGUAUGCCUGCACCUUCUUUGGCUGGUUCGUGGCGGCCUUUUCCAACAGCUCCGUCACGCAGUAUCUGGAUCUGGGCGCCAUUCUCAGCGUCGGCGCGCUUCUCCAGAUCCUGGCGCAGGUGCUGCGAACCUGGUUGCCGCCCCUGCCGCUGUACGCCGUCACCUUCUUUCUCGCCAGCCUCGGCCAGGCCUACAACGACACGCACGCCAAUAUCUUUGUCUCCACGCUGCCCGCCACCCACCGCUCCCUCGGCUUCAUUCAUGCCAUGUACAUGGCCGGGUGUCUCGUGGGGCCGCUGAUCGCGACCGCCGUGGCGUCGGCCAACGCCCCGUCCCGGUGGAAUCUCUUCUACGCCUUUCCCCUGGGGAUCGGGGUGGCCAACCUGGCCCUGGUCGCCCUUGCGUUCCGUCAUCACUUCGCCUGGAUCCCCCGGUUGCGUCCAUCCGGCCGCUCGAGCAACGAGGGACGCGGCAAGGCGGCGUGGAAGGAAAUCCGGGCGACGCUGUCGACCCCGGGGGUCUGGCUGCUGAGUCUCUUUUUCUUUUUCUUUUUGGGCGCCACGAUCACGGCCGGCGGUUGGAUGGUGGAGUAUCUGGUCACCGUCCGGGACGCCGACAGCAACAUCGGAUACGUCCUGACCGGGUUCUACGGGGGAGCCUUCCUCGGGCGACUGGCUCUGGCCGAGCCCACCUAUCGAUGGGGCGAGCGGAGGAUGAUCUUCAUCUAUGCGGUGCUGUGCGUGGGGUUGCAGCUCGUGUUCUGGCUAGUCCCCGACAUCGCGGGCGCCGCCGUGGCCGUCAGUUUUCUGGGCUUCUUAUCCGGCCCCUUCUUUGCCACGGGCAUCAACGUGGGAUCCCGCAUCUUCCACCCCGAGAUUCGAUCCUCGGCCAUCGCGUUCGUCUUCGUGCUGGGACAGAUCGGCGGGUCCAUCUUCCCGGCCAUCACCGGCAUCAUCGCGGCGCGCGAGGGCGUGCAAGUGCUGCAACCGAUGCUGGUGGGACUACUGGGCGCGGCCGGCCUGAGUUGGCUGGUUUUGCCGCGGGACAUCGCGCUGCAUUGCGAUUAGAAUUGGAAUUUGUCUUGCUGAUGUAUCUUAUUAGCUGGCAGUGGGCCUGCAUAAUUAGAUGCACACUCGCGG